UGGAGGACCAGGGAGACCAGCCCAGCUAAAUGGUAUGCAGCAGUGCAGUUUUUUCCGUUAGGCUAUAGUUUUUUAGUGUUCCGCGCAACGUGGCAUGCCCUGACAGUCCUCAUAAAAUAAACAAAAGAGAAUGGAUAAAGUUAUUGAUCAUAGACACAACAUAUCGCAAAGUUACUGACUUUAGAGAAAUGCAUGAUGUGGCAACUGAACUUUGACUGCGACAUGAUGGGAGCUAUGAACAGAUGUGAACUGUUCUGAAGCGCUCUGUUCGUCCGACCAUAAAGAGUGGUCAUCAUGGACCCUGCUGGUCACCACUGGCUUACCUCACCAGUCCCUGGCCCUCACCCCCAGAGACCCAGAGAAAGGCAGGACUACCACAGACCUCCUUACUCUCACCAGGGACAUGGGCCUGGGCAUCACCCACAGCCACAACCACCGCAUCGGGGCACUAGUUCUGGGCACUAUGCACCACCACCACCUGACCCCAGGGAGAGGCAGCGGUCCCAGGUUGGGUCCAGUCCAGUCCCUAGGAACAAGGCUUACCCAACUAGCGCAUUACCCCCAAGACCACCUCCAGAAUUCAGCCCUAGCUGCUUCAGCACCCCAUACUCCAGAAGGGCUUAUGACCAACCUUGCUCUACAGUGGGUCACAGCAGACCAGAGGCACUGCAACCCAGACCCCGAUCAAGGCAAGCAUAUGAGUACCCACCCCAAGGCUACUGGGACUACAGCCAAGACUACAGCUACUAUGACCAGGGCUAUUAUGGAGGUUAUUAUGAACACCCAGGUCAAUGGGCUCCCCAGAAUCAGCAGGGAUUGGACCAGUAUCUGGAAAACACAUACGAGCAGGACCAGAGUGGGAGGGGCUAUCCUGAGGAACACAGGUAUGACCAACGAAGGUACAGCUCUCAGCUUGAAUUCAGAGGCUAUGAUGAAGAGCAUUUCAGAGAGAAUGGGGAGGUUGAUACAGAGGGCCCCUGUUAUGCCCCUGGGGCUCUAGCCAAUUCCAAGGCCUCAGGCCAGUCCUCCAGUAGCUAUGAGCUAAGCCAGUACAUGAAUGGUGAUGAACUGAAUGACCCCACCUCAAAACCCACCUGGAUUGUAGCAGACACAGAGCACGCAUCAGUUCCCCAGGCAACUGCCCCUCUGAAAUACUCUUUGCCCCAUGCUGUGGUCAACUUUGGUCCUGCCGGACAGUUGAUUUGGGUCAGUCCAGGUCCAGCCAUUCAGGGAAACCCAGUGAAGGUGGAAGUACACAGUCUUGAGAUUAUUCUGGGGGAAACACAGGACCAGCAGGAUAUGAGACAGUUUCCAGGGCCACUGGCUAGGGAAGAUCUACACAAGGUAGAUGCCAUUUCCUUUGCCCUCCAGAGGGCAGAAGCAUGCAUGAAAGACGAAAAGCUUCAAGACAAGAGCUCUGCCGCCCUCCUCUGGAAUCUAUUGGUACUGCUGUGCAGACAGAAUGGGCGUAUUGUUGGUUCCGACAUUGCCGAGCUACUGAUGAAAAACUCUCAAGGCUGUGGUGAUUCAAGGAGCCCUGAAGGGUCUGAGGCCGCUACCCUAAUAGACCUGAGUGAGGGCCCCAGUCCUGAGACAGACACCUUAGAUGGAGCAGACCUGCUGACAGGAACCUCCAGUAGCAUUUCUACAGCGGAUACCAGAGAGAAGGACAUGCAGGGAUACACCAAGCUUCUGUUGGCUGGACGGAAGAAGGAAGCCCUGGAUUCUGCCAUGAAGAGUGACCUGUGGGGCCACGCCCUGUUCCUGGCCAGCAAGAUGGACAACCGCUCCUAUACCACCGUGUUGAACAGAUUUACAGGCCAACUAGCUCCCAGUGAUCCCCUGCAGACCCUGUUUCAACUGCUCUCUGGGAGGAUACCUGCAGUUUCCACAUCCUAUUUAAGUGAAAAAUGGGGUGACUGGAAGCCCCACCUGGCAGUCAUGCUUUCCAACGAGACGGGAGAUCCUGUGGCUCACCAAAAGAGCAUCAUCACCAUGGGUGACACGCUGGCCUCCAGAGGGCUGUUACAUGCAGCUCAUAUCUGUUAUCUGACAGCCUAUGCUCCUUUUGGAACCUACACAGCCAAGACAGAGAGGCUGGUGCUCCUGGGAAACAGCCAGAGUCUCCCAUUUAAGGAAUUUGCCCAGAAUUCUGGCAUUCGAUGCACCGAGUUAUUCGAGUACUGCCAAAGACUUGGAGAUAAGUCCUUCAGUAUCCCCUCAUUCCAGGUGUAUAAGUUCCUGUAUGCCUGUCGUCUGCUGGAUGUUGGACUGCCGUUCCAAGCCUAUCACUACUGUGAGGUGAUAGGAAUGUCCUUACUCAGACAGCAGGAACCCUGCUUGGUACUGCUGGGACAGCUCAUCAAGCUAGCAGAACGACUGAAACAGUGUGAAGGAAUGGGACAGCUUGGUGACACAGCUGACAGCAGGUCUGGACGGGACCCUGAUUGGUUACAGCAGCUGAGGCUCAGGCAGCAGUGCACCCUGAUGGAGAACUAUAGUUGGACUGAUACCUAUCAGUCUCCAGCUGAAGGGAAUGCAUUGACCAAUGAGGAGAGCAGAGUGUAUGCAGAAUCGGACACUGAUGACCUUUCUGGGAAAGGUGAUUUCCAGGGCCCAGAGGCUGAAUCCCUGAACCACAAAGGAGGAGGAGAGCAACAACAACAGCACGUGCAGGCCCAGCAGAUCAACGGCCUGGCUCCACUAUCAGUCAGGCCACCUGACACGCAGCCUGUAGUGCCUCUUGUGGCAGAAGACCAGGACUGCAGUUACCACUACACUGACACCAGCCAGACUCAGCUUCAGCAGCAUUCCUCCCCUCAGCAGCCAACACUGAGCUGUCCUACAUCAAACAGGGAAGGGGCGGAGCAUUCUUCUGGGCUGGGCAUGACUGGGAUACAUUUUAAUUCUGGGAUGAUGGCAGGGGAUGUUCAGCAAUCUGGUCAGACGUAUGAUUAUGUAGGCAAGCUUGCAUGGCACCAGGGAGGGCACCGGUCCACCAUCACGCAGGAGGGCAAGGCCUUAGAGCCGGACCAAAUCCAACCAAAACAGAGCACCAAGUCAGGGUGGUUUAGUAGCUGGUUCAAACCCAAACCCAAAGAGGAACAAAGUGUUGCGUCUCUGGAUGACGACUCAGCAGAACCAGUUCCCACUAUGGAGGCUCCUCCCACCCUAUGUUCUUUCCCUCCCCCACCUACUAUCAACACCCUUGCAGCUAAUUGUCCCACACAGCCUACAUCUGCUGGGAUCAACCCCUUUUCUCGAAAAGCAGGUCCUCAGCUGGGAUAAACAAAAGGAUUGUCACUUAUGGGCAAUAUAUUUGAGGAUUUGUUAUGCCAUAAACAUGGAAUAACCCUGAAGCAAAAGAGAAGCACAACCACAUCAACAGAAGGAUAACAUGCUGGCCCUUUAAAUCAGCCUAAACUGGGACUGUGUCAGUGUAUUAACACUGAUCAGGCUCACAAUAUCCGCCUGACCACAACCCAGAUAUCUAUUUUUGGAAGUUCUUUAAUGGGGCUAGUACUUUGACAUCAUGUGUUGCGUUGCUUCACAUUGGCUCGUAGGCUGCAUGUGCAGGCAGAGGGAGUUAGUCCAGGCUUUUAAGGGCUUGGCUCAGUGUUUUCUGAGGGAACUAAACAGCUGAGUUCUGGUUCCUCUGAGAUGAUGGGCGGAAAAUUGCCGGGUUGGAAUGCUGUAAGUUAGCAGAAGCUGUGAAUGUGGUCAGCUUAAUCUCACAAAAAAGUUUGGAGCAAGUCUAAUUUCUCUUUAGUGAGACUUUCUAGCUAUACAACCGUGAUUCAUUUUCAAACAGACCUAUCUUUGUCUAGUAUUUUGAUUUGAGAUGUACAUUUUAAAGUUAAUUUUAAAUACCAAGGUCCAAGACAAUUUAUGUCUUUCAGGAGCUCUUACUCUUAUGAGAUGUUCUGGCUCACAAAAACCAGAGCUUGUGCAAAGCUACUGGGGCUGCCAGUGAAGUUGAUGGGGGCCAGGACAUGUUGGUUGGACACUGAGACACUAUUCUCAUCUAAUAGGAGAGAAAGCUGAUAUGACAAUUUUUAAAACUCAUAGACAAAUCAUUACAAAUUCUGUACUAGCAUUUGUGACAAAACCAUUAAAAAAGAUUUAAAAACUGUUAAUUCACAUACCGUUUGCAAUUUUAAGCUAUACAAGCAAAUCAUUCUUAUGCUGGAGUAUGCCCACACCAUUCCAAGUGAAAAAAGCUGGUGAGGUUUUACAUUUAAAAUGUUUGGUAAGUAUUAAUGUAUUAUAUAUUAAUGCAUUAACACAGAACUGAACCACAAUAUCAGAAGUGUCCCAACCCCCAUCUAUUCUUGGAUGUCCUUUCAAUGGACCAGUAUUUUGAUAUGUUGGGUUGGUGCCCAUUAUUAGGCUAACCAGGCAGGCAGCAGGAGUGGGGCCAGUCGUUUAGGGGCUUGGCUCAGUGUCCUGAGGGAACAGCUGAUGUCUGGUUCCUCGAAGAUAGAAAGAAAAUUUCCUGGGUUGGACACUGCAAUGUUGCAAAAGUAGCAAGGUUGUUCUACUAAAUAAUUCAUGUAAUCACAAAAAAAGAUUCAAGAACAAUCCAGUCCCAAGUUCUUUUGGAGCUAGUCUCAUGUCCCAUUGGUAAAAUGUUAUAACCACAAACGACGACUCCUGUUCUAACCCAAUUUCAGUUUUCAGGUGGAAAUUGAAGAUUGGUAGAGGCCUACUACUCUGUAUUUGUCAAACAUUGUUUGAAUUCACAGCAGAUUUUAAGAGCAAAUAAAAAUAGCAUUCUGGUCUUGGCACAUUCUUGUCUUGGCACAUUCUGGUCUUGGCACAUCCAGUCGACCACCCCUCCCAGAUAAUGUGGGUAGGUUAGCCUAAAUUAUUAGAUUAAUGUGGAUACAUUUUUAAAUUGUUGAAUAGUAAUUCAGUGUUGUUCAACAUUAAAGCAGUAGUUAUUUCACCAAACCUAGACACACAGUAGUUUUAGUAAAGAACAUGAAGUUUAUUAUCAUGAAUGAAAACCACCCUGUGAAGUUAAAAAAUCUAUUUAAUCUGUAGCCCGAUAAACUGCAUACUUUCCCUAAUUGUAGUGGAGACACAACAUUACAUUAUUUCAAAUUUACCAGUGAUUUUAUCUUUACUGAGAGAUUUGAGCAACAGAAAUUAGGUGUAACCGCACUGUAAAACCCAUGAAUCACAGUAUUAAUCCCCCUAUAAAACUCAAAAGAUUUGUUCAGUGUAGUUAAUGGCUAGCUUGCAAAGUACAAUGUAAAGAAUAAUAGCUACUAUCUGAUGGCACUAACACUAACAUUGUAAAAAACAAGUUGAAAAUAGAGACUUUACAGGACUUUCUUUCAGCAGGUUUUGCAAGGGUGGAUUUAUUGCCUCUUACUUGAUGUCAGACAUGAUGUUUGUAUACUGUAGUCUCUGAUUGUUUCGUAAUUGUCUGAUAAAUCUGUCCUCCUCGUCUCCUUCCCUGAAUCUGCAGUGAUUAGAAGUAUAUGCUAAUGUAUUCUUUUGACAAAUUUGUGCAUUUGUUUGAAAAGUAAAUUUUGAUGUACAUUUUCAGAGAAAUAUACAGAUUUCCUCCCUGAGAAAAUAAUUCUCUAAUACAUAUUAUCAUUCUUGCAAUUUAACAACAGGCUCCUUAGCUUGAAUUCCACUACCAAGACUCCAUGUCACAUUCCAAAGAUGGAGAUUGGUGUAUUACUUAAGGAGACUGGUGCAUAAGAGACAGAGCCUACUACUGAGGCCAAACAGCCAGGAAUACAUUGUUCCUCAAAGUGGUGACUAUAACUGUGAGAAAACUGAAUAGAAAAGCAAUUCACAAACUCUAAUAGUUGUAUUCUGUUUACAUAACUCCAGACUCUCCUGUGGAAUAGUCAGUGGAACAGUUUUAUUGGCUGAUGGUCUUGUGUGUUAUUGCCUGUCCCCAGGUUCCAUUAACAGGAAACGAGGAAGGGAUAUAUACAAUGCUUUUUCAUUUUCGAUUUUUCCAAAAUGCUGCCUUAGACUGUAUAUUGUUUUACAUUGUAAUUGUAAGAACAUUCAUUCAGGACAUUAUUUAUAAAGGUUUAUUUAAUCAGACGUUUUAUAGAUAGGUUUACAAUAGUUUUUAAAGAAACUACAUGCAAAUCAUGUAUAGCCUCUGGAAUUUGUAAAUAUUGUUCUGAAAUAUAUACAAAUAAAACUUAAAAUCUUAAAUGUAAUUGAGUGUUGCAUGUUGGUUUGAUACGUGUUUUAUCUAUUUACAGUGCCUCUGAAAAAACAUUCAGACUCCAUCAAUUUCUUUAAAUGUUGUUGUGUUAUACUGUAGAGCUAAUUUAUAAUUGAACAUUUUAAUUUGGUACAUAAGCAUUCAGAACCUUUAUUCAGGACUUUGUAAAUGUAUCUUUAUCAGCGAUCACAGUUUAGGGCAGAGGUGUCAAACCAGUUCCACAGAGGGCCAAGUGUCUGCAGAUCUUUGCUCUCACCUUGUGCUUGAUUGGUUAAUUAGGACACUAUUUGGUCUCAGUUGGGCACCAAUUGAAAGGAAAAACUAAAAACCAGCAUAUACCCGGCACCCUGUUGAACCGGUUUGACCCCUCUGAUUUAGAAUGUUCUUGGUUUGCUUCUACCAGCUUUGGUCAGUUUUUUCAAUUCGUCCUUGUAGAUCCUCUCAACCUCUGUCAGAUUGGAUGGGAAGUGUUGGUUAACUACAUUCUUCAAGUCUCUCCACAGUUGUUCAAUUGGGUUCAUGCCUGGGUUUUGGCUGGGCCACUCAAAAAAAUACACAGACGUCCUGAAGCCCCUCAAGCAUUGUCUUGGCCUGGUGCUUUGGGUCAUUGUCGUGUAUAUAGGUGAAUCUUUGCCCCAUUCUAAUGUGCUGUGUGCAUUACUAUGGCAUGAUGCUCCCACCGACAUGCUUCACCACAGGGAUGGAAUUACGUAGAUGGUGAGCUGUACCUUGUUUUCACCAGACGUAGCACUUGGCUAUCCGGCAUCUUUUUCCUCAUGCUCUCAUGUGACGUCACGUCCCAGUUACUCAGGAGGGGCUUCCUUCUAGGCAACUCUUCAGAAAGCCCUUUUUGCACGGCUACUUAGUCUUGUUAAUUAGAGUAUUGGUGUUUCCAAACUUCAAUUCAAUUUCCCAAUGAUGCAGCCCACUGUUCUCUUGGGAACUGUCAAUACUUGACAUGCUGCUGGGGAUUGUUGCUGGAAGUAGCCACUGUAAGUAUUUGGUAGAACACCAAAUAUUGGCACUUAUUGUCCAUGUAGCCAUAAAGGGUCCUUAGCCAGGUUAAUAUUCUAGAUCAUAUACUUUGUCAUGUGGUGUUAAAAAUGGCUUCCAACCAAUUCCUCAUAAGAUUCAGCCAGUAUGUAUUGGCUUGGGUCAUGCUCCUGCAGCCAGUUACAUUCAAGGGACUGAUGUUGUUUCUGAAAAUUAUUAAAAACUUUCAUUAAUG